GUGCGCGCUCUCAGUUUAUUCGUUACGUUUAUGGCGCGGGCGUCAUGCUAGGUUAAAUUGUCGAUGUUUUGAAACAAAGCAAUCUACAAAAGUGAAAAAUUGUUGCUCAUUUCUAUCUUACGUGAGUCGGCCGUCGACAUGUGGUGUCUUAAGGGACGCGAAGGCCUUUGCGUCUAUAUUUUACCAAAUGAGAAAAAAUCAUUUGGUAAAACACUGAGUGAUAUCAAGUUGGUGGGAGACUCCACGAUUAGUAGACUCCAUGCAAUAGUUUCUGUGGAACCAACAAAAGAGGCGAAGACGCAAUAUGAAUGUGUUAUUAACGAUGUAUCUAAGUAUGGAACAUUUAUUAUAAGAGAUAAAGAAAAGAAAAAAUUGCCUCAUGACGACAAGUUUGUUUUGAAGGCCGGUGAUACAGUACAUUUUGGAUUAAAGGAGUAUACCUUCGUGGUGUUAUGUCAUUCAUUUACAAUUGCGAGGUCCAGCUUGAACGAGCAGGAUUCGAAGAAAUUGAAAGAUAUUACGAGCCAUUUGAAAGUAACAUUGUCCGAGGCUUGGGAGAGCUCUUGUACACAUUUGACAGUGUCUGAAAAUACAUUAUUUACCACGAAGUUAGCUUGUGCACUGGCAUCUGCCAAACCUAUAGUCACAACUGCGUAUUGGGAAGCAGUUAAUGCAGCCAUCGAGGAGUCUAAGGAAUUACCAAAAAUCGAUGAUUUUCUGCCAAAAGUGAAAGAAGAAUUGUUGACAGUUUCCUCAAAAAUAUUUCUACCUAACGAAAAGCGUAGAACGUUAUUCAAAGGUCUCUCGUUUGUCCAUUUUUGUGCAAAGCAAUAUUUUGCAUAUGCACCAUUGAUUACUGCAGCAGGCGGUAAGUCGUGUGUAUAUCCCACGAAGAGACCUUUGACACCCCGAGAUCUCACUGCCAAAAAUGCCAUUGUCAUACAACAACCUGCCAAUGAUUCUUCACAACUUACUCUAGCUAUCGCAGCUGAUUAUCCGGCCAUAUAUCACAAGCUGCAAGCUGUCAAACGCAGAAUGGUUUCUGAUACGGAAAUUCCACUCGCAAUUCUAUAUUGUAACACGGAAACGUAUUGCAAUCCGAAAUAUAAUUUCGCCACAUUUUUAAAAUCAAAUACCUCAAAAGUUUUCCCCUCUGACACGUUAAUCCAGGAUACACAGGAUGUUACAUUGACUAAUACGAGACAAAUGAAAAGAAAAAUAAUUCCUGAAACUUGUGAGUCUCAAGACAAGAAACAGGUUCGGUUUAACGAGAGUGAAAUUAAUGAAAGUUUUGACACCAACAAGAGCAAUAUUGCGACGAGUACUGAUAACAGAGAAUCCAAAGAUAAAAUAAUUCCCGAAACUUGUGAUUCUCAAACAAAUAAACAAAUUUCGAAAAGUUCCUAUUCUUACGAGAAUGAGUGUGUGUCUAGCAUUAAUGAAAGUAAUUCCGACAGAAAUAAGAAAGUCAUUCAGAACGAUAUUUUAUCUGACAACGUUAAUGAACAGUUGAAAAGUAUUCCCGACAUUUUUUCGGAGAAAAAUGAUAUAAGCGAUACUGUUUCUAUUGAUACAUGCGCUAAGAACAUUAAUAAAAAAAUUAUUUUCGAGACUUCCGAUUUUGAAGAAAUUGUUAGAAGUGCUUUAACUGCAAAAGAAGAGCAACAAAAUGUUAAAUUACAAGAAAGGGAUAUUUUAAAAGAAAAUUUUGCAAAAAGUAAUAAAAAUAUGUUGCAAGCAAAUAAAUGUGGCUUUCAACAGCAAAAAAAUUCAAUUAUAAGUGAAGAAAAUAUUACAAUUAUCGAAAAAAACAAUAGCAAUACUUUUUCUAUUGAUGUAUGCGCUAAGAACAUUAAUAAAAAAAUUAUUUUCGAGAGUUCCGAUUUUGAAGAAAUUGUUAGAAGUAGUUUAACUGCAAAAGAAGAGCAACAAAAUGUUAAAUUACAAGAAAGGAAUAUUUUAAAAGAGAAUUUUGCAAAAACUAAUAAAAAUAUGUUGCAAGCAAAUGAAUGUGGCUUUCAACAGCAGAAAAAUUCAAUUAUAAUUGAAGAAAAUAAUACAAUUUUCGAAAAAAAUAAUAUAGACGAAUGCGAACAUUCCAUUGCUGAAGAACAAAAUUUAAAUUAUAAUAAUGGUAAAUUUACAAUUGCAAGAGGGGAAGGCUCUAAAAAUGCGAAGACUCCGCAUACUGUAGUCACAAAAGAGAUUAUUAACAGCGAAACCCAUAGAAAACAAGGAAGAGAAGACAAUCUCUCUGAAAAAAGUUAUUCCAGAGUUCAAUUGCAAGAUUCGUUGAAAGAGCAAACAUUGAGUCCAGUUUGCAAUUCUGAAAAUAAUCGAGAAGACAAAAGUAUGAAAGCGGUUAAAAUACAAAUGAAGGAUACUAAAAGACAACCUCGAAAAACAGGAGAUAACGAAAAGUAUAUAAAUCAAGGAUAUACGGAUACGAUAUUGCGAAAAGACGUACCUUGCGGAAAAAAAUUUUUAAAGAUGGCCAUUAUAAAACCAGAGAGGAUACUAAGAGAGAACGACUUCAUUUUGUGAUUUACAACUAUAUAAUUUUAUCCGAAAAGAAUCUUUAUAAAUAGUAUAUUUAUCCUAUAGUUAGCGUGUGGGGUCUUUAAAGGAUAUAUAUUAUUUUCAAAAUAAGAUGUUUCUUAAAAUUCUACAUACCCGAGAAUUUAAUUGAACAAAGAAAAUACUUGUUGUUAACGUAAACAAUAUAAAUGGAUUUUUUUUGUAUCUUUGGAAGAUCCCACGCGUUGACGUAUAAUACAACAAAUAGCGGAACAGAGGAAUUGAAAAAAAUGGUUAUUUUUUUAUUUAACAUAUAGAUUUUCAGUACGCUGUUUGUACAAAUGUGUUCAAAAUAUUUAAGAAAUAUAAAAAGAAAAUAAUUAAAAACUAUACAUUACUUUUUUUA